CCUUCAUCAAUUCCACAUCUUCUCAUCCUCGGUAUCCCUUCCUUCCUUCAUUUCGAUAGCAUCGACAAUACUCUAUCUUGACAGAGCCCAUCAUUCGUUUCACCUUACAUCUCGGCAUAUCGCCAUCUAUUCUCUUUUGGCAACUUUCAAUAGUGUCGGUUUUGGCAAAUUUGAGUGACCCCUUUUUACCAUACAUUCAGGUGUCAUUCUUUGAUUAGGUUCAGAGCUAGAAACUUCUUCCUCAGAGUUCGAUCAUACCAACAAUUACACUGCACAACACUAUCGACCAUCAGAACCCAACAAGAUGCUGUGCAUACCAAAGUCAAACCAUCGGGCAAUGGUAGAUGAAUGCUAUCCUCCACCCAAGAGUUUAGCGAGCAUUGGACCAGAAUACAAGGCGAACAGUAACGAAUUGAGCAAGUUGACAUAUUAUGCAAACCGUAAACCUGAAAAGUUGACAAAAGUGGGAAAGUAUUUGGAAACCAAAGCAAAUGCUGAAUCUAAAGGUGUUUCAGGUUCUGGACAAGCUGCUGAUAAAGCAAAAGGAUCUUUGAUGGUCACUUUGGCAAUCACAAAGGACUUGAUCACCGAAUGUCAUCGCGAUAUCAACUAUUUUGCCUCAUCUGCCGCCAACAUCCUAAAUGCCGCUUUGCAAGGUGCUGCAAAAGGAAAUGCGGGAAAGCGUGAUUUAGACAUCACUGCACGAUCUGCUGCUACCUUUUUCGCUUUGUCCAAUUAUUUGAACUCUGCCUCCAAUUCUCUCGAUGCAGAGAGUACUCGUCAAUACAUCAGUCUGAUUUCGCAAUUUGCAAAAAUUGCCAGCGAACAAGGAGGUGAUAAGGAGAAUCAAAAUCGUGUACGAUUGAUCGGUCUGGGCGCUCUGUCAGGUGCAAUCGGAUCUGAUGCAUUCUACACGCCAUCUUAUACCCAACAGCUUCAGCAAAUCUUGCCAUCCCUCUUGGCAAAUAUUGACUCGAACACAUAUGCAAGUCAGGAUAUCCAAGCUGAAGCUGGAAAGAUUGCAGAAUCAGGUGCAGCCAGCAAGAACGAAUUUGCUGCACAGAGAAAGCCAGUCAAUGCACGCAGUGUGCCCAACUUUGGUUUGACAACAGGAGAAGAAGCUCCUUCGGACGAGUUUGUAACAUCAACUGCUAUGGGAAACAUACAUGCCAUCAUUCACAACGGAGAUGCUUCCCAUGUUCAAGCAUUCGUUGCUGCUCUUGUGGAUUACUUUAAUGGUAAAUUGGGUGCAAGCAGGCAAUGGGCCAACACGGAUUGGUGCUGUUGGGUCACACAAGCAAUCAGCAGCUGGACAGCUUUGCAAUAUCGCUUCAUCAUUCCAACAAACUUUGUCGAAUACCUUGUUGGCGACACUGAUGGCCCGACGGAAGAAAAGCACCACACUUUGGUCGCCAUCAUCACUGCCCUUCUAGGCGGCAAACUCAGCAUGAUCGGUCUUUCUACUUCAGACACCGCCAACAACCUGCUCGGAUUUGCUGUCAGAAAAGUUCACCAAGACAGAAAAGACUCGCUCUUGCCGCCAUUGGUGGGCGCUGUAGGAUCUUUGGGAACUCACAUUUAUUAUGCUGAUCAAUUGAACGAUUUAGCGGAAGAAAUCACUGCAAGAAUUGCAACUAUUGAAUUACCACAGACAGAAGGCACUCAAGGCGGACCUUCUGUCACAUAUACCGAUAGAGAAGAGGCGAAAGAGAGCAUUCGUAUGCUACUUGGAUGCUUUGUCAAGCUGAUCAACACUGCAAAGAGCUCAAGUGGUCAAGUGCAAAGCAACGGUGUUUCAUCAGGUACACGAUCACAAAUUUCGCCAUCAGUUCUACAUCAGACUGCAAGUCUUUUGGCAUCGCCCGAUCAAUGGGUACGACAAUCAUUUGAAGAGGCUCUUUUGGCAUUCCUUGUGAGCGAGGUGCAAAAGACUACAUUAAACGAGGAUGAUCCCUUGUCUGACAGAUUGGGUUCUAAAUUGAGCAUUGAGGCUACUGGUUUCACUCAUUCCUUCUCUGCUGCGUUGUACGUGCUGACGACAAGUCAAGGCUUGCUUGCACCUUCGUCACACAAAGAGAGUCCACUCGAAGCUCUUCCAGCUAUUGAUCGUUCCAACAAGGAAAGAAGAUCGUCUAGCGAAAACGCCAAAAAAGCUGUCCUACCAACCGACAUUGCCGCGCUUGUUCAAAUUCUUGAUAACAUGGUGGAAAGAUUGCCAGUGGCAACAAUCUUGGGUGUCGUGCCUGCAUUGUUGGCUAUCAACAAAGAUUCUUCCUCCUUACCGGAUCCUAGACAAGAUGCAGCGAAUACGCUUGUCAAGAGUGCAUUGAACAAGAUUGGAUCAAUGUGCGGCAUUAGCGGAUUGCAAAACAGUAUUUUCCUCGAUAAGCUUCCAAAUUUCCCACCACAAAAAGGAUCAAAGAUGCAAUCGUUCGAAGAUGCAGGAUUCGGCGGAAGUGGAAGCGGAGGAGGCAGUUCUAUUCGAUCGGAUUCAGUGAUCAGCUCUUUGUCAAAUUGUGUGAAGUUACAACAAGCAACUGAUUUAGACGCAAAAGCAUUGCAAAAUUGGUUCGGACGUGAUUGGAGUGUGCAAAUUGCAGUUGAUGAUUCGUACGUCGGAGCAUCUCCUUUCAAAUCUGCCGAAGAUGAUGUGGCUCCAGGACAAAGUUCAAGCAGAUUUGCAUCACCUGCCGUUGAUCGUGAAGCAGCUGCUCCGGCCAUUAUUACUAAUAGUGAAAGUGGAGUCAGAGUGGAUGACUUGCGACAAGCUUUGGGCAAUCGAUCAUACGGUAAAGCAGAUUAUGGAGGCAAAGCUGAAUCGAUCAGCAACGGAAGUGUCAUUCAAGCAGAAACAAACGGUCAUCUUUUGCCAAACGGAUCUAAUCUGGAUAAACGUACGAGCAGAAGAGCAAGUCGUAAGAUCAGUCAACCUAUCAAAUCACAAGCCGUCAAUGGCGUCACAAAUAGUACCGUUGGAGGUCUUUUGGAUUCCAUGCGUGUGGGAUUGCCGGAAGAAGAAGCCCAGACGAACGGACAAAAGCCAAUGGCUGCUCCGUACGUGCCCUGAUCUGGAUGACUUUCCAGAUUUUUGCUCACAAUCAAAUGCAUACCCAAUUUUUGAAAUUUUCGUCGAACUGAAAUCAACACUGCACAUUCUUUUUCCUCUCGAUAUAGGCUUGAUACAUAUUUGCCAUUCUUUUAUCUUCAUUCACAAUAUACACUUUGCUUGUCAUACCGUCUUUGUCCUUUGCUAUGGGAAGAAAUGCAUAAAAUUGACAUCAUGGAA